AUGCCAUCGCAGUCCGUCUUUUCUCCACCCGGGUCUUCUUCUUCUUGGCCAGCACUUCCUAAUUGGCAGAGUGGGCUUUUAGGUCCAAGUCCACAGUGGUGUCCGAAUUGUCACACAAAUCAGCAUCAUCUAUCGCAGUGUCCACAUCGUUUCACUGGUCCAUCCACUGCCCCUCCCUUUGCUGGUGCCCAUUUUUUGGGUGAUCCUAAUUGGUAUCCUGAUACUGGCGCUACUCAUCACAUGACGGCAAUGCCACUUCAACAUUCUCAAUCUUAUGGUGGUCCUUAUAACGUUUAUAUGGGUAAUGGUGAUUCUAUGCCAGUCACUCAUUCUGGUAACCUUCCAUUCUCUAUAGGCAAUUCUAAAUUCUCCUUAGAAAGUGUCUUGUGUAUACCUUCCAUUCGUAAAAAUCUCUUAUCUGUUGCUCGCUUCACUAAGGAUAAUCUUGUACAUACUACCACUGAUCUGCUAAAAUUUGUGCUAUUGUCUAGCCCUGUUCCUCCGCAGGCCCACCUGCCGAGCCCAUUGUCAUCCCCAUCUGACGUGGGCCCAUCCCAUGUUCCUUCUCCUUCUGAAGGUGUUGACUUCUCAACGGUACCAACGUCACUUGCGUCACAACCAAUUUCCCCAGCUCCGCGACUUCCGACCCACGCCCCUCCUUCUGAGCCCGUGCUCCCCCAAUCUUCCCCUGCCGGUCCAGUCGUUCAGUACACUUGUCGCCGUCAGAUUCAGUCAAUUCCAGUCCCACCGAACCCGGCUGCAUCCUCUGCCGCUGGUCUUUCUUCUGGGCCUCCACUUCCCGAUCCUUCCUCCGCUAACCAAGUCGCGCCGGCUCCUAUUCCUCCACCCAACGCUCCUCUGCCGCAUGUUUCAGCUCCGUCGCCAGCAGCCGCACCUGACGCUGCUCCUAUGCCACAGGUUUCAGCACCUCCUCCCCGUCCCAGCAUGGUGACCCAUCUCCGUGAAGGGAUUGUUCAGCCCCGACAACAGACCGAUGGGACGGUUGCUAUCCUGUACCUCGUGCUCUUCUCUCCUUGGUGGAACUUGCUGAACCCACCUAUUACUCCCAAGCUUCCCAAAAAUCGGAAUGGCGUUAGGCCAUGA